AGAGCCCAGAGAGUCAGACUUCUGGUGGCCCUGCAGCUUCAGCUCGACAUGCUGCUGUUGCUGCUGCUGCUCUGGGGAAUGAAAGGGGUAGAGGGUGGGCCUGAGGUUUUGGAGGGUUACACCCUGAGUGUGGAAAGGGAGGUGGUGGUGCAAGAGGGCCUGUGUAUCCGCGUACCUUGUAGGUUCACCUACGCCAAGGAGAAAUGGACUGACUCAGACCCGAUUCAUGGAUACUGGUUCCGUAGUGGAGCCAAAAUAGGGAGUGGUUCCCUAGUGGCCACAAAUAACCCACAAAGGCCAGCACCGAAGCAGACCCAGGGCCGAUUCUUCCUGCUGGGAGACCCACAGAAGAAGAACUGCUCCCUGGACAUCAGAAAGAUCAGGAAGGAGGACGCAGGCUCAUACUUCUUUCGCCUGGAAAGAGGAGAAGCGAAGUAUAAUUAUGUUCGGAACACGAUGACUCUGCAUGUGACAGCCCUCACUAACACCCCCCACAUCCUUAUCCCGGAGACCCUGGAGGCUGGACAUCCCAGCAACCUGACCUGCUCUGCGCCUUGGGCCUGUGAGCCCCCCACCUUCUCCUGGACUGGUACCUCUGUGUCACUCUUGAGCACCAAUGCCUCAUUGCUGACCAUCAGCCCCCAGCCCUGGGACCAUGGCACCAACCUCACUUGUCAGGUGACCCUGCCUGGAACUGGUGUGACCACAAGGAUGACCAUCCGUCUCAAUGUGUCAUAUGCUCCAAAGAAUCUGACUGUGACCGUCUAUCAAGGAGCUGACCCAGAACCCAUAAUCCUGAAGAACGGCUCAUCUCUCCCCGUCUCUGGGGGCCAGUCUCUACGCCUCUUCUGUAGCACCGACAGCUAUCCCCCUGCCAACCUGAGCUGGACCUGGGGUAAUCUGAGUCUGUGCCCCUCGAAGCCGUCCAAACCUGGGCUCCUGGAGCUGCUUCCAGUGCAUCUUAAGCAUGGAGGAGUGUACACCUGCCAAGCUCAGCAUGCCCUGGGCUCCCAGCACAUUUCCCUGAGCCUGCAUCCACAGCGCAGUGCAGCGUUAUCAGAAAUGACUGUGGGGGCCUUUGUGGGUGCAGGAGCCACAGCCCUCCUCUUCCUGUUUUGCUGCAUCAUCCUCCUGGUGGUAAGAUCCUAUAAGAGACCAGCCAGGUCAGCUUCAACAGCCCCAGAUCCAGAUGCACUCAAGGGCUCGGUUUCUCAGAGUCCCCUGGUUGAACCCCAGGUAGAUGACAGCUUCGAACCCCUGCCUCCCACAGUUGAGGCGGCCCCCUCAUCCACAGAGGAAGAGGUACAUUAUGCAUCCCUCAACUUCCAUGAGAUGAAGCCCAGGAAUCCACAGGGGCAGCAGGACACCACCACGGAGUACUCAGAGAUAAAGUCCCACAAGUGACCCGCAUGGCUGUGACCAUGGUUGGAGGGAGCGCAGCUGCCGCAGGGGAGUGGCAUCAUUGGAGGUGUGCCUUGUUGGAGGACAUAUGUCACAGGGGGAAGCUCAAGCCAGGCCCAGGGUCACUCUCUCUUCCUGCUGCCUG